AUGUACAUAUUAAACUUGCGCCUAUUCAGUAAAUUAGCGUUUGACUUUUCUUUCUUUCUCAUUUUCUUUCUUUUUUAUUUUCUUUCUUUCUUUUUUAUUUUCUUUCUUUUUUAUUUUCUUUCUUUCUUAUUUUCUUGUUUCUUUCUUUUUUAUUUUCUUUCUUUCUUUUUUAUUUUCUUUCUUUUUUAUUUUCUUUCUUUCUUUUUUUCUUUCUUUCUUAUCUUUUCUUUCUUUUCUUAUUUUCUUUCUUUUUUUCUUUUUUUAUUUUCUUUCUUUCUUUUUUAUUUUCUUUCUUUCUUUUUUAUUUUCUUUCUUUCUUAUUUUCUUUCUUUUUUAUUUUCUUCCUUUCUUUCUUUCUUUCUUUUAUUUUCUUUCUUUCUUAUAUUUCCUUCUUUUGGUACAAUGAUUUCUAUUCUUUUCUUUUUAAUACUUUCUUUCUUUAUUCUUAUUUUUUCAUUUCUUUAUUUAUUUUCUUCUUUCGUUCUUUCUUUCUUUCUUUCUUUUAACUUUUCCCUCUCAUUUCAUUUUGCGUUUCUUUCUUUCUUUCUUUUUUCCCUCUCAUUUCAUUUUGCGUUUCUUUCUUUCUUUUUUCCCUCUCAUUUCAUUUUGCGUUUCUUUCUUUCUUUCUGUCUUUCUUUCUUUUUUCCCUGUCAUUUCAUUUUGCGUGUCUUUCUUUCUUUCUUUCUUUCUUUCUUUCUUUCUUUCUUUCUUUCUUUCUUUCUUCCCUUCCAUUUCCUUUUGCGUUUCUUUCUUUCUUUCUUUCAUUCUUUCUUUCUUUCUUUCUUUUCAUUUCAUUUUGCGUUUUUUCCGUUAUUUUUUAUUUGCUCCUUUCUUUCUUUCUUUCUUUCUUUCUUUCUUUCUUUCUUUCUUUCUUAA